AUGUCAUUCUGGCCGUUUGGGCAAAACGCGAAUAAUUCUAAUAUAAAUCUUAUAUUAGAGGAUUACUUCCGUGUGUUGCAUUCACUGGAGGAAGAGAGUCAGGUGACAAGCACAAGUGGUUCAGCCCUCUUUAGAGGAGGUGAGGGUUCCAGGAACGUUUCAACACAUGCAAAGCUGCAGCCUGCAGCAACAUUGUCUCCUGGGCCUGAGCUACAUGGCACUUUUGGGCUGAAGGGAGCUGUUGCUUCUUCUGUCGGAGCAAGUAAUAACACUCAUGUGAACGAGAGCCGCGGGCAUGCGCAGAAAAUGUGCGGGAGUAGAAAUACCAGGGCAGGUGAUUACAAUCAUGAUAACGAUAACGAUGAUGAUGACGAUGAUGAUAAUGAUAAUGAAGAUGAAGAUUAUGAUGGUGUGUCUAUGAGACCAAGGUACAGAAACCUAAACAAUGUAGAGCCAACUUCGUUGAUUUCUGCAACAAGUUUGACGUCAACGACGUCUUCUGCAGUGUCAAUUUCUCCAGCUGAGACUUCAACUCAUAACGAGGAACCGCAUCCUAUUACCAAAAAAUCCUUGAGCCACGCUUUCAUCGACAAUAUAUUGAAGGAAAGUGAACUUUUAAAUGAAUUAACAAUGCAGAAUAACACCCUAUUAGAUUUUGUCUGUUUUGGAUUUUUUUACGAUGUGAAUGAUAACAAAGUGGAGAAUAUUGAAUAUUUACUUGACCAAUUGAUGUUUUGCAUCGAUAGGAUAAAUGAAGACAUUCAACAAGAUGAAGAUAUAGAAAAUCAGGCGCAAGACGAAAAUGAACAUAUAACUGUUGAAUAUCAUGAACAAUCAGAGAAUAAUAGUAGAAGUGAAGAUGGCCAUUUCAUUAAGAGCGCUGUUUUUGAUUGUAUACCGCCUGAAAACGACGAUACUAUUAUUCCAUUCAUGCAUGAUACCAACGAUUCUAAUCAAUCGUCGUAUCUUAACAGAGCAAACACAAUAUCGGAAAUAUUUGCCCUGGAUAUUUGGUUGAUAUCAGAGUCAUUGGUUAAAGAUUUCUCUCAUUUAACUAAGAUAUGGUCCAUGCUUUUCCAUAAAAACUUCAAAGUUGAGAAAUCUCCUCUAAUUCCAAUAUUCUUAAAGAUAAACCAAAGCUUAUUACUUACUAGGCAAGACCAGUUCUUAAAUUUUAUAAGAACAAGAAAGACAUUAGUUGAUGACUUACUACUCCACGUUGAAGUUUCGGUAUUGAUGGAUUUCUUUUUGAAGAUAAUUUCUACCGAUAAGCAGGAAGCUCCUACUGGAAUGAUUGAGCUUGUUUACGAUCAGUGUCUAAUACCAAAGUUGUUGUCUUUCUUGGACAAUGAGAAAUUUCCUGCUGAUUUACAGGCUUGUGCUGGUGAUUUUCUCAAAGCAUUAAUAUCUAUUUCAACCAAUGCUCCUCUUGAUGAAAUGUCCAUCGGACCAAAUGCUUUGACUCGCCAACUAUGCUCUGAGAAGUGUAUUGAUUGUUUUUUGGAUGCAAUCAUUAACAAAAGGGGGCCCGCAUUAACUACUUCUGUCUCCGUUGUCAUAGAACUAAUUCGCAAAAACAAUUCUGAUUAUGAUCAGGUUAACCUGCUGAACACUAGUAUCAAGUCGCAUCCCCCAUCAAUGAGAGAUUCGAUAUAUUUGGGCGUGAUGUUAAAGAAAUUUGCUUUGAAUUUAUCAAAUUUGAAAAAAGUUUUACUUGACGUCGAAGAAAACUGCAAAGAUAAAGUCAUGACAAACCAGUUGGGUGUUGCUUUUAAACCACUUGGUUUUGAAAGAUUUAAGGUCAUCGAGUUAAUUGCAGAAUUACUUCAUUGUUCAAAUAUGGGUUUAAUGAAUUCCAAAAGAGCAGAGCGAGUCGUUAAAGAACGAGAUGAAGUGAGACAACAUCUUGUUAACCAACUUCAGGAUGCACUAGCUGAUCUGAAUAUGAUCGAUGCUUAUGAUAGAGAAAAAAAUGAUACCGACGGCCGGGAACCUGGGUUUGCUACUAAUACUAGCAGUAGCACUCAGACAACCGCUGUCAAUGACAAUAUGGACGAAGAUAUUGAUGAAUCUUUUGAAAUCCCAUAUGUUAAUAUGAAUCAAAAUAUCAAACUUCGUCAAAAUCCUACUAUAGGUGAUUUGUUUAAAAUACAGCUAUAUGACACCCAAAUCUUACCAAAGAUUAUUCAACUUUUCGUUGAACAUCCAUGGAACAACUUUUGGCAUAAUGUUAUUUUUGAUGUUAUUCAACAGCUCUUUAAUGGGAGGAUGGAUUUUUCUUACAAUUCGUUUUUAGUUUAUUCUCUCUUCAAUAAUAAGAGUGCAGGACAAUUUCAGGUCGACAUUAAUUAUUCAAAAAUAAAGAAUUCAGAGCAGUUUGUUGAUUUUGAAAUUGCAAGAGAUCUUAUUCUACAAGGAUACAAGGAUUCACAUGAUUUUUAUGAGCGAUAUAACACUAAUUUGGGAUUUAUGGGUCACUUAGUACUUAUUGCAGAGGAAAUUGUUAAAUUUUCAAAAGUCUACAAGGUUGAAUUGAUAUCACCAGACAUUUACAGAGUCCUUCAGAACCCUGAUUGGGUUUUCUAUUCAGAAGAAGCAUUGAAUGAUACCAGGAUGAUGUAUUCAAAAAUCUUAGGUGGCGGAGAUUACCUUGAUGAUGGUAACACUAGUAUGUUGCCUGAAAAUGGAGAUAUGCAGAAGGGUAACGGCGAAGAUUAUAUCGGCUUACAUGACAAGCAGAGUAACUCUAAGUUUUCAACUCAAGCUGAUUUGCAUAGAAAAUUGAAAAAUAAAUUAAUUAAAAAGAGCCAAGAAGAGGUUGCAAUUAAGAAUAAAGAAAAUGGAGUUAUAAUACUAGGCCCACCUCCUGAGAUAUAA